AUGAGUGAUGGAUGCUUAUUGAAAGAUGAAGAAAAAGUGGGGCUAGUAAAUCUUUUCGUGCAUUCUUUAUUCUCUCACGUGGACGUUGCUUUAAACGAAAGACUGAUUUCUUCAAGCAACAAUACUUACCCUUACCGCGCAAUCCUUGAAAAACUGCUUAAUCAUAACUACGAUGAGAAGAGUUCACAGCUUUCUGCUGAGCUCUUUUUCAAAGACACAGCUGGGAAAAUGAACGUAUUUUACCCUAGUGACCCGAAUCCUAACGAUAGUUUUACUAAACGAGCUGAUUUUAUCAAAACAGUUGAUAUGAUUGGGAGACUUUACAUUGAUCUAUUCCAUCAAGAAAGACUGAUGCUCAAUCUGGUAGGUUUAAAAUUGAAAUUUAUAAGAAGUAAACCGGAAUUUCUGCUUAAUAGGGCGAAAACAGUUACAAGAUUCUUAUCCAGCAUGCUUUCACCUUUUUGUGAGAAAGGUUCAUGUGAAUCCAGCAGUGACGCUUGGCUCACGUCCAAAAGCCUUGAGAAAACAAGUGCGAAAUACCCAAUUAACAGAGUGUUGUGUAUUUAUUUCAUUCCUCAAGGUAAUAUGUCUUUUGUACAAGAUAAUAUCUUUGCAGGUCAAAUGCCCAAACGAUUAGUUAUUGCUUUCGUGGAUAAUGACGCGCUCAACGGUACAUAUAAAUAUAGUCUCCUUUUGAGUUCAAACAUUAUCAUAUGA